AUGGGCGAAUAUUACCUCAAAUCUGGACAAAUGACCCCCAUCUACAUUGACCUUCGUAGACUUAUUAGCCAACCCAAAACCCUGCGCAUGGCAGCACAAGUUCUCUGUGAUAUUAUCAAUGCAAAGGACCUCAAGUACGAUUAUGUUGUAGGAGUUCCAUAUGCUGCACUUCCGUUGGCUACUCAUGUUAGUGAUAUUCUCAAUGUGCCAAUGCUGAUGAAACGCAAGGAGACCAAGUCUUACGGAACGAGAAAGGCUAUCGAGGGUAUUUAUACCCCGGGACACACGGCUCUUCUUAUCGAGGACGUUGUCACUUCAGGCGAAUCAAUUCGAGAAACAGCCGAAGCUCUUCGGGCUGAAGGGUUGAAG